AAAGUUUCCCAAACUUGACUUGAGACUACGUAUUCAUUUUUGAUUUGCAAUCGAAAUUCACAGAUAAUGCGCGGUAGCUCGACUUAAGCUCUGAAGAUGGCUAUGGCGAUGCAAACUGGGGUUGCCUCCUCCAAAGUUCUAAUCCUUUUGGGAGCAGGUUUGACUGGUUCAGUAAUUCUGAAGAACGGACAAUUAUCUGAUGUCCUUCUGCAUCUUCAGGAAUAUAUAAAAGGCAUCAAUGAUGUUGAUUUCUCUUCAACCAAAAUUGAUCCCGUAUUUCUUGCAGCACAGAUUCGCCAAUUGGCUCAGGAGAUUAGGGAGUUAUCUCUGUCGAAUCCCAUUACUAUAAUGAAUGGAGGAUCUGGUUCUAGUGGGGGCUACGGUUCCUAUUUGGUGCCAGCCGCUGCUCUUGGAGCAAUGGGAUACUGUUACAUGUGGUGGAAGGGAUUGUCAUUUUCAGAUGUCAUGUUUGUGACAAAGCAAAAUAUGGCAACUGCUGUUUCUAGUGUUUCCAAACAGCUGGACAACUUGACUGAUGCAUUGGCAACGACAAAAAAACAUUUGUCAAAGAGGCUGGAGACCUUGGAUUGGAAGCUGGAAGAGCAGAAAGAGAUCUCUGGUCAGAUACAUGAUGAUGUUAUUGGUGUCAAGUCAAACAUCUCCCAAAUUGGUUUUGACAUUGACUCAAUCCGUGAAAUGAUAAAUGGACUGGAAGGAAAGCUUGAACUUCUUGAAGGUAAACAGGACUUGACAAAUUCAGGUGUAUACUAUCUAUGCCAAGUAGCCGGAGGAAUCACGGGGGGACCAAAUGCUAGACUUGUCCAGGACGUCGGCUCAAAGCUUGACCCACCAAAAGUUACAUGCGAGGACACCUCUCGGAAGGGCCUGCAAUUCUUAACGGAUUCAACUUUAUUUGAAAGUGUUGUGGAGAAACCACUUACAAGCUCUAAGGUAGACGAUUUUGAUCGAGUUGCUGUGAAAACUGUUUCUUCUGCGAAAGUGAAAACAAGAUUACACAGGUCCUAUCCAGUUGGAAUUUCUCUGGCACAUGAUAUUAUUUGAGUUGAUUAGUGAUUACUCAUUAUCCAUUUUAUAAUUAGCUGUGAGUGAAGAAAACUUAUUUUUAUUGAUGCUUCUCGGGCUAAUUGCUUGCUGGAGGUACAUAUUAUGUAUCUAUUUAUUGGUAUUCUUGCUCGAUUUUGGUCUUGUAAACUGUUUGUAACUGUAUAUUGUGAAUAAGAGAAAAACUUGGCAUUGCCAAAACUUAA